ACAGAUCAGGGCUGUUUCGGAGCGGGCGGCGCUAGAAUUCCCGCGGCAUAUCCCAUCCUUGGCGGGCGGCGCUAGGACCCCCGCGGCGAUCCCAGUCCACGGGCAGGCGGUGCUAGGCGCCCCGCGGCGCAAACCCGUCCGGGCGGCGGCACCGGCAGCGACAUCGGCGUCGGCAUCGUCGCAACUGACAGCGGAGGGGUCUUUGGACCUGGCGCGGCCCCUCUGGGCCCGCUUAACCGAGCAACGAUGUGAACCCCCGGCCCCGCCAUGACGGUGCUCGCCGGAGGGGCCCGACAGCCCCUCGCGGGACGCAGGGGGCACAGAAGGAGAUGACGGACCCCGCCGCGCUGCCCGCCGCAGAUGAGACCCCUCCAGCCCAGGUGCUUGCUGGACACUGGCAAUUGCUGCACACUGAGGCUGGUACAGAGACAUGAGUGGCAGCACGAGCCAGCGUGCCGCCGCCCUGGGAGUCCUCUUUGCCCUGAUCAUGUUGCUGAUCAUCUACAGCUCUGGCAGUGGCAGCGAGGUCUUCCCCUACAGCCGUCUGCGGGGCAGAGCCCGCCGGCCCCCUGACCUCAAGAAGUGGGGGGUGAAAAGCGGGUACCUGCCCGUCUGUGGGAACAAGACCCUGACUGCGCACUGCCACCAGUGUGCUAUCAUAACCAGCUCCAGCCACCUUCUGGGCACCCACCUGGGCACAGCCAUCGACGGAGCUGAGUGCACCAUCCGCAUGAACGAUGCUCCCACCACGGGCUAUGAGGUUGACGUGGGCAACAAGACCAGCUUCCGUGUGGUGGCCCACUCCAGCCUCUAUCGUGUCCUCAAGAGGCCCCAGGAAUUUGUCAACAAGACCCCAGAGACCAUCUUCAUCUUCUGGGGGCCACCUGCCAAGAUGCAGAAGAGCCUUCUGAAAAUCAUCCAGCGUGUCAGCGCCUCCUUCCCCAACAUGACAGCCUAUGUCGUCUCCCCUGGCCGCAUGAAGCAGUUUGAUGACCUGUUUCGGGGAGAGACAGGGAAGGACAGAGAGAAGUCACACUCAUGGCUCAGCACUGGCUGGUUCACCAUGGUGAUUGCAGUGGAGCUCUGUGAUGCUGUCCACGUCUAUGGCAUGGUGCCACCGAACUACUGCGGCCGCCGGCCCCCACCCCGCCGCCUGCCCUACCACUACUACGAGCCAAAGGGCCCUGAUGAGUGCACAACCUACAUCCACAAUGAGCGGAGCCGCAAGGGCAACCACCACCGCUUCAUCACCGAGAAGCGGGUCUUCGCCAGCUGGGCCAGCCUCUACAACAUCACCUUCUCCCACCCUACCUGGUCCUAGGGGGUGCCCUCCCUGCAGCUGGGUGGAUUCCUGAAGCUAGGAUGGAUUGGAGUUCCCUGCAUCCCCCUGGGAGUGGAGGGAGCCAAGCAUUGGAGUGCCACUGGGUGCUUCCCAGAGGACCACCACUGUUGUGCACAUUGGCUCCUUGCACCUGAGAUGUGUUGGGUUUUGAGGGAAACCAGAUGGUGAGUGCAGGGUUUGGGGUGUCACCUCCCCAUUCCAUGGGAGGGAAGCAUGGGGGUGAGAUCCUGCCUAAUUCUGGUUCGAUCAUGUUGCAGCCUCUGUGAGUACAUAGGAGGUGUCAGACUCCCUUGUUGCAUCACUUUUGGGGCCAUCACAGAGACUGUUUUCCUCAACCUCCUGGGCGGAGAAGCCCCUUCUUAGGGCUCAGCCCUCCUCUGCCACCCCCAGUAUCCCAGUCCUGGUCCGCAGGCAUCUUCCCUCAGCAGAGCCCACAGUUCUCGGUGGGACCCCUCAGAGGUGACAGUGCUCCAGCACCCCAGAACCACCCAGCCCCUUCCCAGCAGCACUGCGCCCCACACGCACACUGCCAAAACCUUUUCUAACUGAGCAAUGGGGGUUGAGGGACUUCAAGGGGCUCUUUGUUUUUGUCCUCCCUGCUUCUGUUCCCAGGGUUUGUAUUUGCAUUUCCCAGCCGACCAAGAGAGCUGAGGCUGCUCGUUCUCCUAAUGAAGGGGCUGCCAGCAGCCUGUGCCUGGGUCCUCAUCGUUUAUUAACCACUUAAAAACUAUUCAGCAGUGGGCAUGUAGCAGGGAGUGAGGGGGUAGCAGUGCCCCUUGGCACCCUGACCCUGAAUUUUAUUGUUGAUUUCUCAGUGUUGACAAAGUGUGCUUUGGAAAAACAGCUAAGUCUGGUGUGUUUGGGUGCUGAGCCCUCCCUUUACCCCAGCCUAUGGCAUGUCCCCCUUGUGUCUGGGGCUUUGGGGGACUCAGUACUGGGAGCAGCCAUGGGUCACCUGCAUUUUGUAAUGGUUUGUACAGGAAUAAAUAUUGCUGCAGUCUGUUGCCUUGA